ACCAAUUCAGUUCUGUUACAGUUUCCAGCUGUUGAACACGACUUUUGAGAGCCGCCGAAGCCAACUGAUCCGAAGUUAACUAAGCCGAUCCGCGAUCCUCGCUUUUCAAUUCGCCGUGAACCGCAUUCGCAGCAGCAAUCCCCCCCAAAAACCAAAAACCAACACACCUUGACUCGAGUGUAAUGUCGAUGAACCGUGCGUAUUCAAACGAGUGCCGCGCCAACCAGACAACCAUCAAGAAGUACCAGACCAAGUCCACGUCCACAUCGAAGGAGCACUGAUACCGCCACGAGGAUCGAAUGUGCCAAAGUAGUCAGCUAGAUAUUCGCUACGCCGCCUGAGAUUAACACGCUUCCGCUACCCAAUUACUCGAUCCUUAUCCCGAUCCUGAAGCGCCACUCCCGAGCACAGCACCCAGACGUUUCAAUACGAUCCAUCCUCGUCGCCCAAGACAGACCGGCAAGCAGCCAAGAUUCCACCAACACUGAGCUGCACGACCUCCAAGACGGCAUCCAGCGCCGGACCUAUGUCAGUGCUAAGCCAGCUGCUGCUCAACUUCAACCAGAAAGCCCAGACCAGGAGCCAUCACAACAUAGAGCUGAUAAAUUCGUUCAUAACAUAACGAUAAGCCGACCUGCUUCUGCUUUACCUGAUCUAUCAUCGUCCAACGUUGGGGAGAAAUUUGCAAACAUUUUUUACCGGAAGAGAAAAAAGAAAUCAAAUCAAAGGAAAAUGAAUUUACAUGUGUGCGCCUUAGCGCUGCUGCUGUUCGGCAGCAUCGCCACUGUCCGCGGAAGAGCCGUGGACCUGGUAGACGAUAGCAACGACGUGGAUAACUCCAUCGAGGCGGAGGAGGAGAAGCCACGCAACCGAGCCUUCGAAGCCGACUGGCUCAAGUUCACCAAGACGCCGCCGACGAAGCUGCAGCAGGCCGAUGGAGCCACCAUCGAGAUCGUUUGCGAGAUGAUGGGCUCCCAAGUGCCCAGCAUCCAGUGGGUGGUGGGUCACCUGCCCCGCUCGGAGCUCGAUGAUCUGGACUCCAACCAGGUUGCCGAAGAGGCGCCCAGUGCCAUUGUGCGCGUCCGAUCGUCGCAUAUCAUCGACCACGUGCUGAGCGAGGCCCGCACCUACACGUGUGUGGGACGCACUGGCUCCAAGACCAUCUAUGCCAGCACUGUGGUGCAUCCUCCUCGCUCCUCUCGUCUGACGCCGGAGAAGACCUACCCGGGUGCCCAGAAACCGCGAAUCAUCUACACCGAGAAGACGCAUCUGGACCUCAUGGGCUCCAACAUUCAGCUGCCCUGCCGCGUGCACGCCCGUCCCCGCGCCGAGAUCACCUGGUUGAAUAACGAGAACAAGGAGAUCGUCCAAGGACAUCGCCACAGGGUGCUGGCCAACGGCGAUCUUCUGAUCUCCGAGAUCAAGUGGGAGGAUAUGGGCAACUACAAGUGCAUAGCCCGCAACGUCGUCGGAAAGGAUACCGCCGAUACCUUCGUGUAUCCCGUACUUAAUGAGGAAGACUAAAGAUCCUACCACCAAAUAAAAAACAAAAGGCUAUUGGAUUGACGACGGAAAUUCAUCUAGUUAGUUAGAUAGAUCAAAUGCCUUCGAAGAUGCGUGAAAAGAAAUGAAAUAUGCUUAGAAAAAAUAC